CGAAGAAGAGACCAUAGUUUAGCCCUCAAUUAUUAGUUUCUUUACAUUUUCCCCUUUACAUUUUAAUUUUAUACAUACAUUAUUUGCAAACAGUGACAUCACGCGGUAAAGAUGAAUGAGAAUAUUCUUACCACCCUGAAAAUACUGAUUAUUGGAGAAAGCGGAGUGGGCAAAUCCAGUCUUCUAUUGAGAUAUACAGAUGAUACAUUUGAUCCAGAAAUUGGUGCAACCAUUGGUGUAGAUUUCAAGGUGAAAACCCUUGCUGUGGAUGGAAACAAAGCAAAGCUAGCAAUCUGGGACACAGCAGGCCAGGAACGGUUUCGAACAUUAACACCAAGUUACUACAGAGGAGCUCAAGGUGUCAUACUAGUGUAUGACGUCACUAGGCGAGAGACAUUUGCUAAGCUGGAUAAUUGGUUGGUUGAACUAGAGACAUAUUGUACGAGAAAUGACCUUGUCAAGAUGCUUGUAGGAAACAAAAUAGAUAAGGAAGACCGUGAACUAGAGCGAGACCAGGGCCUGAAAUUUGCUAGAAAACAUUCCAUGCUUUUCAUAGAGGCCAGUGCUAAAACAAGGGAUGGUGUUCAAUGUGCUUUUGAGGAGCUGGUGGAGAAAAUCCUGCAGACUCCUGGCUUAUGGGAGAGUGUGCAAAAGACAAGAGGAGUUCAACUGACUGAACUCUCUCAAACUGAUCACGGCGGCUGUGGCGCAUAUUGCUCACUUGUCUAACACACAAACCAGUAUGUAAACAGUCCAGGUUAGAUUACUUUAGAAACACAUAAAUACACAAGAUCGAUGCACUUUUUUGGGUUUAUGCACUUAUGCAAACGCACAAGCAAGAUGUUCAUAAGAGCAGUCAUUUGACAUGCUUCCUGUACAGUGGUGAUUGCUCUAAGCAUCGAUCAUUUAAAGGGGCCUGCCUGUACCAUCCCCAGCGUUGACUAUUGUUAUGACAACUGCUGAAAGAAAAAAGAAAAACAGAUAAGCCUUAGUAGGAAACUUUUCCAUUUUUUUUAGUGAGGAAAUAUAAUUAAAGAAUUCUUUUAAGACAUGCUCAUCAUUUUUGUUUAGGAGGGGGCAAACUUGAUUACACCGCUGUACCUCUGAUCAGUAUGCUUCCCAGUUUGUAUAUUUCCUUUAGUGUUUUACUUUGUUUUGUCCCAGUGCCUGUGUUUCUUAUUUAGGGAGAGGUAAACACUCAUCAGCCUAACGCAUCAGCCUAACACAACCUUUCAAACUGGUGGAAUGAGACUUCAGUACAACAGAUUUCCAUUGACAUGCCCUCGCUUGAUGUCUGCAGCAUGUGCAAUCGAGUUUAUCUUUAUUUGGCGAUCUCUCUAUCCCAUUUUUUCUUUCUGUCAGUCACUAUUGUUAACUUUCUCUUCUCUAAAUCUAUCUGUCUCCAAUUCAGUGCUAUCACUUUCCCCUUUACCGUCUCUGUGUUUUCACGCAGUGUUUCAUGUCCUCUCUCUCUUUACAGAAUAAUUGAGUUACCAAGGUUUUGGAUUAGUGCUUUUAUUGACUUGGACCAGCCACUUAUAAACAUGUUUUUGCAAGGUUUAUCAUACAGAUUGCCACAAUGACUCAAUAUACAAAUAAAAAGAGGGUUAAAAUAAAUAGAAUAGAGAAUGAAUAGGUCAAUUUCUUUCCUUUCUAGCUGCUUUAAUUUGGAUGGGAACUUUCACAUGCAGCCUCAUGUACAGUGUACCAACACUUACUGUACUGACAUGUCAGUCUGUUUAUGAGAAAGGAAAGAUGGUGUAAAUUAUGUCCAUGUUUUAAUCUAAUUUGAGUGAAUCAUUAGUGUGUGACUAUAGGCAGCAGAGAGAUAUUGAACAAAAGGACAAAUUUAGAAAUACUCAAAUGUUUUUUUCCCCCUCAAACUUAAGAAAUAGUGAUAUGACACUUAAAGGCAUAACCAUCAAUAAAUCACCCUCAGGUUGUUCCAAAUCACGUAUGACAUUUUUUUUUACGUUGAACACAAGCGAAGAAGAAUUAUAAAACAAUGUUUGUGCUGCUCUUUAAUGAAAGUAAAUGGUGGCUGAGGCUAACAUUCUGCCUAACAGUUCCUUGAUUGUUUUACAGAGGAAAAAGAGACAUACAGGUUUGGAACGACAUGUAAUUUAAUCAUGCCAGAAUGUUUUUUUGGGUGAACAGUGGCUUUGAUACUGAUGAAAAAUAAGUAUUUCCAUUCUCCUGGUUUAAUCUGGGCCAGUUUUUAGCAUAAGCUUGCUGCUGUGUGUGAUUGAGAGAGAGGGCAAUUUAGUUUCAGGAAGUCUCCAGAAGUCUUGGUUUUUGUUUUAGAGAAAAAUUCAGGGGGUCCCAGAUGUCUAGUCUUAUAUUCAUUGCUUAAAAUUUGGCUGGUAAAGUUCAGCUGAGCAUCAAACUCAGUUAUAGCAUUUUCACACUGUGUGUCUGGAAACACAGACAGUAUGUAGACACGCAGGGAAGUCCUGUUUUGAGGGAUUACUGUAUGUAUUCAUAUUUUUUACUUGUUUUGAAAAUGCAAAUCAGUUUAUAUUGAAGCUUAUAUUUUAUCUUGUUUUCAGUUGCUUGCAAUGUUAGGUAUUUGUGCAUUUUCUUUUCUAUUUUCAUAGUAACAGUCUUAUUCUGCAGCAUUUGUUUUUCAAGGCAGUUUGAUGACAGACAUUGUGUAUUGUUUUAUUUUUAUUUGACCAUUCACUGCUUAUCAGAAUCAUCCCAUGUGAUACAGUUAAUAACAUUGACACGAGAGCUUGUUUUGUUUAAAGGGGACCUAUUAUGCAAAAUUCACUUUUACAUGGUGUUUGUACAUAAAUGUGAGUCGGCAGUGUGUGUCCACAACCAACCAACAAUGUUAAAAGUCCACCCACUCCUCUUAUUUCUAUUAAUCAAAAACAGUGUGUCAAAAUUUAUGUUUUUCGUUUCUGCUCUAAAGUGACAUCACGUUAGAGCAGGCCUCGCCCACGACUGGUGACAGACUCCACCCUAUUAUCAUAGAUCCUGCUCUGAGUGAUCUACACACAGUCUGACAUUAUUUUCCGAGCUGGAGCAGAUACAGUGAGAAGAAUAAUGUCUCAGCUUCAUAAGCAUCAUAAGUGUUCUGUUGUUGGCUGUAAAAGUGAAUAUAAAAGUCUUCAUGUACUCCCGGCAUCAGAGCCACUGAAGACGCAGUGGACAAGUUUAGUUUUUGAAGGAAAUGUGCCCCAAAACAUACAGAAAUUCUUGUAUGUUUGUACAAUUAAUUUUACACCAGACUGCUUUGUGAAUGAGUGUCAAUAUAAAGCAGGAUUUUCUAAAAUGUUAUUCUCAAGUAUGGAUCAGUACCAAUUGUUCGUGUUCCAGCUUUAUAUCCUCAAGAUGUAUGUAUCGCACUUUAUAUUAUAUGAAUGUUUGCAAAUCGCCUUUCUGAAUGUGCUAGUUAGUUGAUUUCACAGCUAAUGCAGCUAAAGUUAUCAUUGUCUCUGAUUGUAUUCUCUGAGAUCAGUUAUUUUAUAUAUAUAUAUAUAUAUGGCUGAGGGCUGGACUGGUAAUCUGGCAUACCGGGCAUUUUUCCGGUGGGCAGACGCACUUUGGGGCCAAUCGGGGGCAGACUGGCCAUCGGGAGAACCGAGUGGGUCGGUGGGUCAGCCUCAAAACGGGCCGAAUGGGCUGCAAUAAGCUAAAAUGAGCCGCCACAGAACUGACCACAAAACGACGCAGUGAUAUGCAGAAAAGGACAGCAACUUCCCUCAAAUUUUGGGCCACUUGCUAUGUAAACUCCCAGUCCAGGCCUGUCUGAACUCCGGUAUUUACGCUGUCAGUCAUAUUGGUACUGAUUUGUUGUUGCUGUAAUAUCCUAAGCAGGAGCUGUAAAGACGCAGCCUGCUUCCGGAAAUGGGUCGGGGAGCAGCAGCUCAUUUGCUUUUAAAGAGACACACACAAAAUCAGCGUGUUUUUGAUUCCACCCAAAAAGAGGCAUUUAUAACAUGGUAUAAUAAAUGAUCUAUGUUGUAUUUUUAGCUGAAACUUCACAGACAAAUUCUGGGGCACCUGAGACUUCUAUUACAUCUUGUAAAAAUGGGCAUAAUAGGUCUCCUUUAAGUCGUUGUUAUUCUUGCAUAUUUGAAUGUUGAUUUUGAAAGCUCAUCAGUUUAUUCCAGUGACUAUAAUUCACAAGAAUGCGUUUUCGCAAUAUUGCAUACUGUUAUUGCACAUAAAUGGCUGCAUGUAAAUAUUUGAUGGUAAUGGACUUCUUCAUAAAUAAAUUGUAAUGUUGAUGUUUCUGCUCCACUGACUCUCUACACUUUAA